AUGUCGGCGAUCGUCGCGCACGACGAUGACGACGACGACUGGCCGGCGCCUCCGCCACCGGCCCCGCUCCACCUGCUGGAGGUCACCGUCAUCUCCGCGCAGGACCUGCACCGCAAGAAGCUCGGCCGCCGCGUGCGCGCGUACGCCGUGGCGUGGACCGACGGCGCGGCGCGCAAGCUGCGCACGGACGUGGACCUCGCCGGCGGCGCCGACCCGACGUGGAACGACCGGUUCCUCUUCCGCGUCGACGCCGAGUUCCUGCGCUCCGAGACGGCCGCCGUCGCCGUGGAGGUGCGCGCGGCCGGCGGCGUGCUCGGCCGCGACGCCGUCCUCGGCCGCACGCGGAUCGUCGUGAGCACCUUCGUGCGCCCGUCCCGGUCCGCCGUGGCCCCCUCGGGCAGGCAGGUGGCGGCGCUGCAGCUGCGGCGCCCGCGUUCGCUGCGUCCGCAGGGCUUGGUGAACGUGGCGGUGGCGCUGCUGGGCGCCGCCCAGGCGCAAGCCGUGGCGCCCACCUACUGCGCGCCGGGCUCCACGGACGCGUUCGCCGUGAAGGACCUCGUGGCGAUGAGGCCGGCGCCGGCGCUCUGCGCGAUCACGGAGGACGCGGAGGAUCUGGACUACGGGCGCCGCCGGCAGAAGCCGGUGGUGGAGUACUCCGGACCGCUGGACCCGAGGCGCGCAGCCGUGGAGCAGAGCAAGCUGGCCAUGAAGCUCGAGAAGUGGAGGGCGGACCUGUCGCCGGACCGUGUGGACAAGGACGGCAACGGAGUGAAGCGGAGGUGGCGGCGCCGGACCUCAUGCUUCGGCGGCGCGGAGUGGGAAAGGUAACUCGUGAUCAAUCGGGCCGGGUCAGACGGCCGCAUAUGGCUGCAUGGUUGCUCGUCAUAACCACAGAGAUUGCUUGCCAAAUUAGUUUGUUUCUUGCAUAGUGGACUCGUUUUGAAACCGUUUAAUUUGUUUUACUACACUCCGUAUUAUUUAUUCGUGUCAAUAAUAAAGCUUCAGUAGCACGAAGGAGCGAGGAGAGAAAAUUCAUUAACAAUCAUUCUAGAACGUGAGCUAGUAAGCUAUGCUUCGACUCCAACUUGGCAUCCACCGUUUAAUCCAAUAUACUCCUUCCGUUGCACGAAAGUUGUCUAAGAUUUGCCAGUUGUUUAGAUACAUUCAAAUCUCUGAUAAAUUUCGUGAGUCGGAGAAGAUACUCCGUACAACGGAUGAGUUUGCUCCGUGGGACAAGAUUCUGAACGUACAUAUGCGCUACAUAUAUUUUUCCAAUUUUAAGUUACUUCACGUUAUAAAAACAUGACACGAUAUUUCCUUUUUUGCUUAUUCGUGUGUUUUU